AUGGAGGAGAAGAAGAAGCCCAACGCCGCGCUGCAACACACGGCGUUCGUCUCUGGUCAGAGGCACUCGCAAGGCGACGCCCAUGUGACGUGGGACGAGGAAACGAUCGCACUGCAUGACAUGGACCGCGGCACGCGCAUGAAGAUCGAGGAGCCCAACACGCCGUAUCAUUACUAUGCAGAGAGUGACCAAGUGGGCGCCGUGUCGCCUGCUCGGAGUUUCUCCGGUCAGCCCUCUAUGCAGUGGGACGAGCUGCAAGCGAAACUACGAGACGUCGAGAACACAACAUCACAAGAGUGGGCGGAGAGUGACGAAGAGAGGUCGAGCUUGACGUCGGAGGGACUGAGCUUUGGGGCGCGAGACUCGGAAGGCAAGAAGAUCCACAAAGACCCGUCGUUUGCAGACAAGCGCAAGAACCAUUACAAUGAGUUUGAGCGAGUCCGGAACUGGAAGAUGCAACAUGCACUGAACGGCGACGAUGAAGACGGUGAGGAGGAGGAGGAGAAACGAGCAGCUUAG